CAGUAAUGACGACGGACAUUGUUGAUAUAUGGGGCAACCAGGCAGGUCCCUACAUCCAGGGAUACCACCUUAUCUGGAGCAUCGGUGCCACAAUAUCGACUUUCUCGGCGGAACCGUUUCUGGCGCAAAAACAUUCAGUGCCCAAGAAUGACUCUACUGUACAAGCGUGUAACUCUUCGGUCCUUCUUAACAAUGGGCAAAGUAAUCGCUCAAGCGCGGGUUGUGAGAAUGAAUUUAUCAACGGCAAAUCGAAGGUGUAUAUCGUAUUCAUGAUCACCACCGGGAUCCACGUGGUCUCCACAAUGUUGUACAUCGUCGUCCUCGCAACUCAUGGCGUCAUUCACAAACGAAUCGACUUCCAUUACCUGAUCAAUGGAUCAAGUAGCAAAGAAACAAAGUAUGGUCUCUCAUCGCGAAUGCAAGUGGUCUUCACUUUACUAUUGUCAUUACACCUCACUCUCUACUUGAUGCUAAAUAGCGGCUUGUCUAACUUUUUGAUGACCUUUGUCACCACCACUCUUAAUUGGAACCCAUUAGAAGGCACACUUAUAAACUCCGCUUUCCGAAUAACAUUUGCCGCGGGGAGAGCUUGUGGAAUUGUUUUACUCAAGUACACUAGUGUGACAACCUCACUUUUUCUGAACCACGCGGCAUUGAUAGUUGGCGGCACGUUGUUAAUAGUUUCCAUAGUCCUUGACAUUCGCGCGUUUCUGUGGGUGGGCGUCUGUAUAUGCGGGCUGGGAAUGUCGAGCGUGUACGCCGGUAUAUUAACCUGGAUAUCCUAUCACGUGACGCGCCUCACGGGUAAGGUCGCCGCGACCUUGUCCGUCCUGGUUUACCUGGGCGCUAUGCUAUAUCCGGUGCUGGUUGGGUAUUUGAUGGAGCGCUUCUCACAACUUUGGCUCAUAUAUGUCCACUGCAUCAUCGUUGUUGCCAUGAGUUUCGGCUAUCUAUUCGUGGUUAUAGCUCACAAACGUCUCACGAGAGAUUUCAAGUAG